AUGUUAUUCGGACAGUUUGUUGUCGCUCUUACCGGAGGCCUUGCCGUAGGCGCCUUGGCAAGUCCCCUUACCGGUUUGGGUCGUGAUAGUCGCAAACGUGCUUUACCGGCUACCCAUGGACUUCAUGAGCGGCAGCAGGCGCACUGGUCGCGACAGUGGGCUAAGAAGGACAAGGCGCCUGCUCGAGCGCUGUUACCAAUGCGAAUCGGCCUUGUUCAACGGAACCUAGAGCUAGGGGCGCGCCAUCUGAAGAGGAUCUCCGACCCACGAUCUCCAGACUACGGAAAACACAUGUCGUCUGAAGAGGUCAUAGAGAUGUUCGCACCACCAAAGGCAUCUGUAGAGGCAGUGCGAAAAUGGCUGACCGACGCUGGAAUCGCAGCUGAAAAGAUCUCUCUUUCGGCCAACAAACAGUGGAUUCAGUUUGAUGCGCGUGUGGAGGAUGUAGAGAAGCUCCUAGUCACUGACUACUUCGAGUAUGAGCACAAUGCUUCGGGCAGUAGAACAGUUGCUACCGAAGAGUAUCAUCUCCCUUUAGAGCUGCGUGAGCAUGUUGACUAUAUCACUCCUGGUGUCAGGCUACGAGCAGAUCCUGGCAAGCUGAAGAAGAUGAAGCGUCGCCAGGAGCGAGAAGAAGUUGAAAGGCGCAGCACGCAACCCAUGUACACCAACUUGGAGUUCUUCACAGACGACAAUGGUGCUGCCACUAGCCUUCCCCCAUUGAACUCAAGUGUUUGCGACACAUAUGUUAAGUCGGAGCACCCACAUAUGGGCCCCCCCUACAUUUGGGCCCCCGGUAAUUAA